GCUGUCCCUGGCUAGCUCUGUUAACUGCGGGGCUCCGCUCUCCGCCCGCUCCACGCCCGAGAAGAGACGGUGCUGGAGGCUUGGCCGCUGCGCGAGGCCGGGGCCUCCAGCCGCCUGACGUCCGGGCCCAGCUCAUUGUGACGCCGGGCGCUGCCCGGGGGGCGGUCGGGCGGCUGGGCCGGGCGCGCCAUGCGCAGGCUGGCAGCUUUCAGCCCCCGGGGCGCCUCCUGCCCCCCGGAGCCGCCUCCCUCGGGCUCCCCGCUCCCUCCCGCCGCCCCUUUCUCCCGCUUCCCUUUGCUGCCGGGGAUCGGGGCCGCCCCGCCGCCGCAGCGCAUGGCCGGCCAGUUCGGGAGCAUCCUGGUCGGCUCCUACCUGGAGAUCAAGCGCAGCGAUGGGCGCAUCCACCCGGCGCUGGUCACGGCGCUGCACCGGGACAGCUCCAGCCUCACCGUGGAGUGGGUCGAGCAGGGGGCCAACAAGGGCAAGAGGGUGGAGCUGCAGCUCGCCUUCGCCCUCAACCCCCACCUGGCCCCCGCCGCGCCCUGCUCCGCCCAAGGCGACCAGAGCCUCCCGGCCGAGCCGGCGGCCACGCCCGCCAAGCUGGAGCUGCCCGGCGGGGACCGCGGGGAGCCGGAGCCCGGCCGGCCCCGCGUGGGGCGCGGCAGCCCCUGCAGGAAAUCGCCGUGCGUGCGGCAGGUGGAGCGGCUGCAGGAGCUGCGCCAGAAGCGGCGGCUGCAGCAGCGGGAGCUGCGGGAGCAGCGGGCCCAGCAGGCGGCCGGCUCGCCGCACCCCAACUACGAGGUGAUCUGCAUGAUCCAGGAGUACCGGGGCCGCCUGCCUGGCGGGGCGCUGGGGGGCCCCGAGCCCGGCCCCCGCCAGCACCGGAUCCGCGUCUGCGUCCGCAAGCGGCCGCUCAACCCGCGGGAGGCCGCGCUGCAGGACUUCGACGUGGUGACCGUCCCCUGCCGGGGCGUGGUGGUGGUGCACGAAGCCCGGCAGAGGCUGGACCUCAGCCGCUACUUGGAGAGCCAGACCUUCCGCUUCGACCACGCCUUCGACGACAGCGCCCCCAACGAGCUGGUGUACCGGCACACGGCCCAGCCGCUGGUGGAGAGCAUCUUCCGCGGCGGCAUGGCCACCUGCUUCGCCUACGGCCAGACGGGCAGCGGCAAGACCCACACCAUGGUGGGGGACCUCUCGGCCAAGGGCCAGGGCUGCCCCAAGGGCGUCUACACCCUGGCGGCCCAGGAUGUCUUCUGCUGGCUGCAGGAGCCCAGCUACAAGCAACUGGAGCUCCAGGUCUACGGGGCUUUCUUCGAGAUCUAUGGGGGCAAGGUGUACGACCUGCUCAACUGGAGGAACCGGCUGAAGGUGCUGGAGGACGGCAAGCAGCAGAUCCAGGUGGUGGGGCUCCAGGAGGAGGAGGUCAGCUGCGUGGAGGAUGUCAUGAAGCUCAUCGAGAUGGGCAACCGGUGCAGGACGUCGGGCCAGACCUCUGCCAACACCCACUCCUCCCGCAGCCAUGCCAUCUUCCAGAUCAUCCUCCGGAAGAGAAGGAAGCUUCACGGCAAGUUUUCCCUGAUUGACUUGGCUGGGAAUGAGAGAGGAGCAGACACCGGCAGUGCGGACAGGCGGACGAGGCUGGAAGGGGCUGAGAUUAACAAGAGUCUCCUGGCGCUCAAGGAAUGCAUCAGGGCCCUAGGACGCAACAAAGCCCAUACCCCGUUCAGGGCUAGCAAACUCACCCAGGUUUUAAGGGACUCGUUCAUAGGGGAGAACUCAUGCACCUGCAUGAUCGCCACCAUUUCUCCAGGGAUGAGAUCCUGCGAGCACACUCUCAAUACUCUAAGGUACGCCAACAGGGUGAAGGAACUGACCGUAGAUCCUAAUUCCCUUGGACAGUCACAUCCAAUCAUCACCCAGUUCCCAUAUCAGCUGGAUGACCUGAAGAAACCGUGGACUGUACAGAGCUUGCCUGAGACAGAUGAGUUCAAAGUAUUUUGUGUACAGAAAGAGGAGGAAGUCUCUCCUCAGUUGUUUACUUUCAAUGCCAGAGAGAAAGCCCAGAAGAAAAGAAAAGAGUUGGAUGAGAAAGCACUUAUAGAGGAGCACCAGGAGUCUCUCCGAUGGUUGAAAGUAUUCCUGGAAGUGGCUGAAGAAAUAGAUUAUGACGUGGAUUUUUAUGCUGCACAGUUUGAAGCAGUCCUGGGGCAAAAGAUUGGCAUUCUGACUGAGAUCCAAGAUAAAGUGAAAUCAUUCCGGUCAAUCCUACGUAAGGAACAACAUGGCGGCAACCAGAUCAGUGUGAAGAGAUCCCGUGUUCUGUAAAUUGAGCGGAAAGAUUGUAAACUACUGUAAGAUGGCAAUUGUUAUGAUACUGUGGCUCUAGCCACCCAACAACUUGAUUGCUUAAAGGAUACUUAAAAGAUGUCUGUGGGAAUGUCCUGUUUGUUUUUCUCUUGAACGG